CAAUGCAGUAAGGUGUGUUUGAAGCGGAAUUUAGUUCGCAAGCUCUGACAGUUAUGUAGAAAUCAAGCAGUUGUUUUUAUUUUCUGUUUCUUAAUGAAGGAAUAAUAAAGUACAGCAGAGUUAAAGAUGGAGAUCUGUUCAGAGGGGGACAGUGUGGAGAAAAGGCGUGAACACUGGAAGCUCCUGUCCAACUUGAAGACGACUGUUGAAGGACUUCUGUCUACAAAUAACCCGAAUGUGUGGUCUCGCUAUGGAGGACUGCAGCGACUUCACAAAGACAUGAGCAACAUUCUGAGUCAUGGCCUCAAACAGGAACAGGUGUAUUAUAAGCAGAAGGAUUACUGGCGCUUUGUGUGGUGUCUGCGGUCCAUCAGUCCCAAUCUCGCUCCUCAUGUAGAACAGUUCAGCCAGUUGGAGCCCGUGUUGAGCAGCAAUGUUCAGACUGAGAGUGAUAAGGCCGAGCGUUGGCUCCUCCACAGUCUGCAGAGUCACACACUCUCCACACAACUAAAACCCCUGAUCACACACCGCAGCACCACCCGCAAAUAUUACACAGACGAGGCGUUCCUUCUGAGCGAGCUGCAUGUGGCAGCCAUGUUUCAGUGUUUGGAGGCGGUGGAGCAGAACGACGCACGGCUGCUUGCUCUUAUUAACACCACCCGCCUGUCCCAUUUGAAGGAGUGUGUUCCUGUGGAUCUGCUCACCACUCAGCAGUAUGUGCUGCCUGGAGUUUCCAUCCGCGCGCACACUCCAUCCUGCUCAUUCAGAGACAACACACACACCUCAUAUACCGAGAGAAGUACAGACGCGGCAGGGUGUGCAAGUGCUUUGGGGGCUCCGUGGGUAUGUUUGACCACCGACCAAAGCAUCUCCGACCCAGCGACGACCCAGAGUUCGCCAAUGGACUCCACUCAUCCUAUUAACUCUGCCCCCUCUGAGGGCGGGGACUGUGAUGGUGAUGACGGGCCAGAGUAUCUUGCCAUCGGGAACCUGGGGAGGCGGAAUCGCAGAGGUUCCAGCAGCUCGGCGCAAAGCGGCGAGCACGCUCAGACCAGGGGCCAUGCUCCAGAAGCUCCACCCCCUUCCCAAAGACGCAGCUCCUUCUCUGAUAUGGAAAGGGGAAAGGGACGAAGUUCCAAGGGUCACACAAGGUCAAUGUCGGAUACAGGGGUCAUGCAGAAACAAAAACAAGAGUCAGCUGUAGAUGAGCAGUGUGAGAGUGAUUUCAGGCCUUUUGCCUCUCACAGCAGCGAGAGCAGUCACAGUUCUCUCUACAUGGAGGCCGGAGGUUUUCAGUAUGGUAGCGGGUCUGAUGGAUUGUUCCGGAAGCCGUCAGAGGGUCAGAGUCUGAUCAGUUACCUGUCAGAGCAGGACUUCGGCAGCUGUGCAGAUCUGGAGAAGGAGAACGCACACUUCAGCAUCUCCGAAUCUCUGAUUGCUGCCAUCGAGCUGAUGAAAUGUAAGAUGAGGGCAGAGGAGGCGGAUGAGGAUGGAGACAGCGACUGUGAGAUUCAACAGCUCAAACAGAAGAUCCGCCUGCGCAGACAGCAGAUCCGUCGCAGCCGCCUGCAUACACCCAGCUCCGCCCACCACACUCUUCCUUCCACAGACAGUGGCGGAUCAGUGCAGAGCUCUGGAGAUUCCCUGCUUCACUCUGACUCUGGAUCAUCUAAUGAUAUGGAGGACCCUGUGCUGAGAGGUGGGACUCAGUGUAGGAGUGUAAGGUUUACAGAUGCAGAUGUUAAACAGAAUGCACCUCUGAGCAGCAGGUCCUUCAUCAACUCUGACUCUGUGUCUCAGUGGUUGUUGCAGUCGAAUAGUGCUGAAUCUGUUGCGAUGGGACUGCUGCGCCAGUUUGAAGGUCUACAGCUUCCUGCUGCCUCUGAACUUGAGUGGCUUGUCCCUGAACAUGAUGCUCCUCAGAAGCUGCUGCCAAUGCCUGACUCGCUACCAAUCUCUCCGGAUGAUGGUGAACAUGCUGACAUUUAUAAACUGCGAAUCCGUGUGAGGGGGAAUCUGGAGUGGGCACCCCCCAGACCUCAGAUCAUCUUCAACAUCCAUAAUGCGCCCAAGAGGAAAGUGAUGGCGGUGAAGCAAAAUUACAGGUGCGCAGGAUGCGGAACUCGUAUAGACCCAGAUUACAUUAAGAGGCUGCGUUACUGCGAGUACCUGGGCCGGUAUUUCUGUCAGUGUUGCCAUGAAAACGCGCUUGUUGUAGUGCCAGGGCAUGUCCUGUGGAAAUGGGAUUUCAGUAAAUAUUACGUCAGUAACUUUGCCCGAGACCUGCUGGGAAAAAUUGCCCAGGAUCCUCUGUUCAACCUCAACGACAUCAACAGCGCCUUGUACAAGAAGGCGAAGAGCCUGGAGGCCGUGCGGGUGUUGAGGCUGCGGCUGUUCCACAUGAAGAACCUCUUUAAAACCUGCCGUCUGGCCAAAGAACUCCUGCAACACUUUGACUCCGUUCCUGCACACCUGACUGAGGAUCUCCACCUGUUCUCUCUGAAUGACCUGAUGGCUGUGCGCUCUGGUGACCUCGCACCCAAACUGCAUGUCCUUGUGCGGGCAGGAUCAGAGCACGUCGCUUCCUGCGUGCUGUGUCAGGCAAAGGGAUUUGUGUGUGAGUUCUGUGGGAAUGAUAAGGACAUCAUCUUCCCCUUUGAGCUGAACAAGUGUCGCCGUUGCGAGGAGUGCAGUGCAUGCUAUCACCGCUUGUGCUUUAAGAACAAGUGUGUGUGUCCACGGUGUCGCCGGCUGGCUGAGAGACGAGAGAGGAUGAUGAACAGCAUAAACACAGAGGAGGAGGGGCAAUAACACUAACACACGCGCGCACACACACACACUGUCCCUGCUAUAGAUUAAAUAUAAUAUUGAGUUACUGCAGCUAUGUUGAUUCUGGCCAUUUUGUUAAAAAUCUUUUUCUUCAGCGAUAUUUUUAUGUCACAUUAGAAGUCAGUGUGUUUAAACUGUGUGUGUGUGCGCGCGUGUGUGUGUGAUUUUGGGUAACACAGUUGGUCUCGCUCAUGUCCCUGGUUCAUUGUGGGUAAUAUAAUCGGAUCAGAAUUUUUGUUUAACUGGUAUUGAAACCUAACCCGAUACUCAUUUCAAAAAGUGAAUUCACUGUUGGGUUAGUGAGAUGGACACAUGCUCACAAUUUUCUAUAGAAUAUAAUCUUCAGUCUGUGACUGAGUGUGUAAAUAAACUUGUGCAUGGGUGGUCUCACUGCAGACCUAGCUACUCUCAUUAACCUGAUGCUAACAUGAAGAGGGCUCUUUCCGCCACACUUUUUUUUUUUUUUUUGGCCUUUUAUAUUUUCAGCUUUUGUGUGUAAACGGAGUGCAUCGGUUUCACUCUCUCUGUCUAACUUGUGAUUUCUCUUCACUUUAGCCUAAAAGACUUUUUUUUAUUUUAGAAAACCUGAGCUUAAAAUGCACUACUGAAAAAAUGCAAUAUGAAAUUUAAGUAAUGUGAUGUAAAUUUACGAUUAAAGACAUUCAGACUGUUUUACUGUCUGUUUCUAAAUCUCUAAGUUUUUUUUUUUCCUGAAAUUGUGCCCUGUGGAUGAGAUGUAAACUUUCUUUAAAUAAUGAAGAAUAAAAGUUCAGACUCUGUUUCCUACAA